CAGUCGGCAGCUUCCCCUUUUCUGCCCUGCUCCGGGAGCCGGGCUCCUUCCCUUCAGUGCCUCAGAGGAGGGGACAGCAGCACCAUGGCCCCCCGCACGGCUGCCGUCCGCCAGACCUGCUGCUGCUUCAAUGUCCGCAUUGCCACCACCGCCCUGGCCAUCUACCAUGUGAUCAUGAGUGUGUUGCUGUUCAUCGAGCACUCAGUGGAGGUGGCCCGUGGCAAGGCCUCUUGCAAGCUCCCGCAGAUGGGCUACCUCAGGAUCGCCGACCUGAUCUCCAGCUUCCUGCUCAUCACCAUGCUCUUUGUCAUCAGCUUGAGCCUGCUCAUCGGAGUGGUCAAGAACCGGGAGAAGUACCUGCUGCCCUUCCUGUCCCUGCAAAUCAUGGACUUCCUCCUGUGCCUGCUUACCCUGCUGGGCUCCUACAUCGAGCUGCCCGCCUACCUCAAGUUUGCCUCCCGGAGCAGCCGUUCCGGCCCCUCCAAGGUGCCACUGAUGACCCUGAAGCUGCUGGACUUCUGCCUGAGCAUCCUGACCCUCUGCAGCUCCUACAUGGAAGUGCCCACCUAUCUCAACUUCAAGUCCAUGAACCACAUGAAUUACCUCCCCAGCCAGGAGGGUAUGGCUCGUAACCAGUUCGUCAAGAUGAUGAUCAUCUUCUCCAUUGCCUUCAUCACGGUCCUCAUCCUGAAGGUCUACAUGUUCAAGUGCGUGUGGAGAUGCUACAGAUUCAUAAAGUACAUGAACUCGGCCGAGGAGAGGACCAGCAAGACGCUCCAGAAGGUGGUCCUGCCGUCCUACGAGGAAGCCCUGGCUCUGCCGUGCAAGACUCCAGAGGGGAGCCCAGCGCCGCCCCCAUACUCAGAAGUGUGACGCCCGCCAGGCCUCAGCCCUGGUGCUAGGAGGGGCGGAGGUGCCUCGUAAUCCGCUUCUUCGCUUUGGUGGCCCCUGUGGCCUGGGAGAACCGCCUGGCUGACUUCAGGACAAUCCGCUUGUGUCCCCCUCGCUGCCUGCUUUUCCCGCGGGGCCUGGGAGAUGCUCACCAUUGGGCCAACCCUUCAGGCUGAAGGACUCCUUGGGUCUC